CCUUUUCCUUGGAGAAUUCUCCUUCCUCUCUUCUUCAUGGUGUGUAUGUGGCUCAUACUAACAGAGCAACAAUAGUAGGCUAAUGAUCAAACACUUUACUCUUUCGCCUUCCCUCCAUCACGACUAUUGCAACGCAUACCCAGUCUUUCUGCUAUGUUGAGUAUUGAUUACAGAGCUUCUACCAGCAAUGGAGACGAGGACCAUGACGAUGAAGAGAUCAGAGACAUCCAUGCUCUAACCCCACCUCCCCCUCCUCCUCCUCCACAGGUUAGCAGUGGCCGUAGAAGAGAGGCUUGGGAGACUAGCAGCCAUCGGUCCUCUUCCUUAUCUACAACAAGCGAAGGAGCUUCAAGUGAGAAUUUUACAAGCAUGAGCAGGGAAUUCAGUGCUCUACUGAAUAUGGCAGGGUCGGCUAUUGGGAACAAUGGUAGUGAAAAUGAUGGUGGGGGUGCCGGAAACAACUUGGGUAGGAUUGGGGAGGAGGAGAUGCCGGAGGAGACGAACCCGUUGGCUAUCGUGCCGGACACUAGUUUGAUGGACCCUGUCCCGUCUCCAAGACAUGUGGCUGCAGGUGCAGGUGGGCUUUCGACUACGAGUAGUCACAGUGAGGUGUCUGUGCAGAGGGUGAAGAAGGAGGAGGUGGAUGCGAAGAUUUCAGCAUGGCAGACUGCGAAGAUCGCCAAGAUUAAUAAUCGGUUUAAGAGGGAGGACGCCAUAAUCAACGGCUGGGAGAGUGAACAGGUUCAGAAAAGCACAUCAUGGAUGAAGAAAGUCGAGAGGAAGCUGGAGGAGAAAAGAGCAAGAGCCUUAGAGAAGAUGCAGAAUGACGUGGCAAAAGCACACAGAAAAGCAGAGGAAAGGAGGGCAUCAGCUGAGGCUAAGAGGGGAACCAAAGUGGCUAGGGUUCUUGAACUAGCCAACUUGAUGAGAGCCGUUGGAAGGGCUCCAGUCAAGCGGUCCAUCUUUUGAGUCCUACCAUGCUAUAUGAUACUUGAUUUCUACAACAUUUAUAAAUACUUCAAUACAAGGACACAUAAUAAUUGCCCCUAAUAUAUAAGGGUCCCUUCGCAUUUUGAACUAUAAGGGUACCCUACAUAUAUAUAUGGGAUUGGGGCAAUGGGAACUGCAGGUUGAGUGUUUUGUUUCUUCAAUGGUUCAGUUUUCCUCUUGAUGCAUCAUCAUCGACCUUGCUUCUCAAGACCAGUCACAGACACACUGUGAUUGGUCACAGGUGGAGCCGGGAUUCGCAAACCAAGGGCAAAAGUGAACCAACUUCGAUGACUGUGUGAUGAUUUUGAAAAGGGUUUGGUCUUGUACAGUUGCUUGUAAUUUUGCAAUGGAAUGGUAUUGGCUACUAGCAUGUAAUA